UCAACCUCAAUAUUCUUUAUGGUAUCAAAGCUUUCUCUUAACACCAAAUAAUUCCAAAACCCUAGGUUUCUUAUUAUGCUGUGCCUCUACGUCAAUGGAUGAGUCUUCGUCUUCUUCUUCUUUGUCUCCUUCCUCUACUUCUCCUAUUCCUUCCUUUCCCCAUGCUCAUGUUCCUUCUCUUUCUAUUGGUUUUCCGUUUCUUUCUACAAUUUUUGCCCCUGCCUCUCCUGUGGUGUCUGUCACGCCGUCAAUCCCUAUUCCUUCUUUUCCUCCUACUUCUUCCUCUUUACCCACAACCCUUGCCUCUUCUGUUUUCUCUCAUCUUGUUUUCUCCGUCACCAAUAUUUGGAAUUAUGUGGCAGAAACUCUUGAUCACACUAAUUUUUUUGUGCGGAAGGAAUUGAUGAUUCCUGUAUUGAAAAGCAAAGGUGUUUAUGGUCAUGUUGAUGGUUCCUAUUUGUGUCCCUCCUUUAACAGUCCAAAUUUUGAUUACUGGAUGCAAGUUGAUUAUCAAGUACUGUCUUGGAUUCAGGCCACUAUAUCAAUAGACAUUCUUCAAUUUAUUCUUCAACCUGGUAAGCAGCUCACAGCAAAAUUAGCUUGGGAAUCUAUUCAUCAGUUGUACCAAAGCCAACUUAGUGCUACUGCACUUCAAUUAACUCAAGAAUUCAGUGGUAUUCAGAAGCAGUCUAGCCAGAGUGUUAUGGACUAUUUGCACCAUUCUUAUUCUGGUCGCGAUUUUGACAAUGUGGCUCAUGGUGCCUCUGAUUUUUCGGCUGGUUAUUCUUGGACUCAUGGUGCUGGUUUUAAUGGGUCUUUGUUUGCAAAGUCUGAUGGUCAAGUGGCUGGGUUUCAUUUUGCCAAUAGUUCUACCCGUGCCUUACCCCCAUUACUACCAACUCUGCCAACUCCGCCAACUUCUAUUGCUUGUCAAUGGUGUAAUCGACUGGGUCAUCAAGCACGUGAUUGCUCUUUCUUAACUGCCAGACCUGCCUUUGCUUCCUCUACACACCAGUCACUAUAUGCAAAUUUAGUUCCUGCUCCUAUGGAUCCCAAUUGUGUUAACUUUGAUUCAUCUGGUUUUUCUAUUAAGGACAACAAGAUGAAGAACGUCCUCCUUCAUUGCAAUAGUCCGGAUGGCUUGUACUCAUUUUCUAGUGGUUCCUUCCCCAGUUAUCCUGUUGUCUAUUCUGUUUCACAUUCUCCUGAUGUGUGGCAUUGUCGUCUUGGUCAUCCGGGCAUCACUUCUAUUCAACAUCUUGCUAGACAUGGUUUUCUUCCAACUGAAAGAGUUACUUUGCCACCACGUUUAUGUCAUGCAUGUCAGCUUGGGAAACAUCCCAUUCUACCUUCUUCUCCACCAUCGCCGGCCUAUCCCAAGUCAAUCCAAAAUACUGUAUCAUCUUCUCCUUCCUUGUCCUUACCUUUUCUUUCUUCCUCCACGGCUUUGCCUUCUUUACCACCAUCGGAGUUUUCCCAAUCUUCCACAGAUUCCCCUCAUUCUCCUGUCGAUCUCCCUGCCUCCCAUGCUACCUCUUCCAUGUCUUCUUGUUCCCUUCCACUGUCCCCUGCCUCCUCGCUACCACCUUCCUUGCAGCCUCCAUGGCGGAUCCAUCCUAUGAUUACCGGGUCUCAAGUUGGCACUCAAAAGCCUCGGGUUCUGCCAUCCUUGCUUGCUUCUAGAACUGACAUCAAGGAACCAAAAACCUUUAAAGAAGCCUGUCAAUUCUCCGAAUGGCGUUCUGCAAUGGUGGAUGAGUUCUCGGCUUUGCUAAAGAAUAAUACUUGGUCUCUUGUGCCUUGUCCUUCAACUGUCAAUGUGGUUGGCUCCAAGUGGGUUUAUCGUAUAAAACAGAAGGCUGAUGGUUCUAUUGAGCGCUUCAAAGCUCGCCUCAUUGCUCAAGGGUUUACACAACAACAAGGUAUUGAUUAUAAUGAUACUUUCAGUCUUGUGGUCAAGCCUGUUACCAUUCGAACUAUUUUGGCAUUAGCUGUGAUGUAUUCUUGGCCUAUUCAUCAACUUGAUGUGAAGAAUGCCUUUCUUUAUGGGUGGCUUUCUAAGGUUGUAUAUAUGUCUCAGCCUCUUGGGUUUAUUGAUCCAAAAUAUCCUGAUUAUGUUUGUCGGUUGAAUCGUGCUCUUUAUGGCUUGAAGCAAGCACCUUGUACUUGGUUUCAAAGAUUUGGAUCUUUUUUGUUUACUCGAGAUUUUUCUCAAGUUCGCUCCAACAGUUCUAUGUUUCUUUAUCAUUCUAAUGGUGCUAUGGCUAUUCUUUUACUUUAUGUGGAUGAUAUUGUGCUCACGACUUCCACUAAAUUGCUGCUUCAUGCCAUUAUUUCUUUGCUGAAAAUGGUAACACCUAUGGCACCCAAGGCAAAAUUGUUUUCUACUGAUAGUCUAGCUUACUCUGAUCCGGCAUUCUAUCGUAGUAUUGUGGGUGCUCUACAGUAUUUAACCUUUACACGCCCAGAUAUUGCUUUUGCUGUUGGCCAGAAGCAAAACACUGUCGCUCGGUCAAGUGCUGAAGCUGAAUAUCGUGCUAUAGCCAAUGCCGUUGCUGAGGUUCUUUGGGUUCGUCAACUGCUUUCUGAGCUACAUGUUUUCCUUCAUUCUCCUCCUAUGGUUUAUUGUGAUAAUAUCAGUGCCAUUUACAUGUCUCUCAAUCCAGUUCAACAUCAACGGACGAAGCAUAUUGAGAUUGAUAUUCACUUUGUUAGAGAACAUGUUAUUUCUGGUAUUAUUUGCAUUCAGUAUCUUCCUUCUUUUGCCCAACGUGCUGAUGUCCUCACCAAGGCUCUCUCUUCUGCUCUUUUCCGAUCUCAAAGGUCCAAUUUGAGCGUUCUUUGCUCUCCCACUCAAAUUGCGGGGGGAUGAUAAUGUAUAUCAUAAUACACAUGUACAUUGUAUAGGGUUAGAAGUGUAAAUAUACUUCUAUACAUCUUGUAUAUAUACCCUGAUUAUAACCUAAUAAAGAUUGAUUCAGCCU